GGUGUGGUUUUAAUGUUGUUUAAAUGAAAAUGAAAGUGAUUUAACCUCAACGAAAAAGUUUAUUCAUACAGUAUAUUUUUCCUUGGAAGUGAGGAAUGGCGUUAAGUGAAUAUGUAAUUAUAAACAAGAGUGCUUUAGAAAGUAAUUUAAGAAAAAAAGAUUGGAGUGUUGUUUGUGAACUUUUGAGAAUUUCAAUUACAACGUUUAACACGGUGAAAAAUGAACGGGUGUUGACCCCGGACGACGCGGAGACGCUGGGCAGAGUGCUCCGUGAGGCCGUGCUCCACGCCGGGGAGGAUCCCUCCGCGGUGCUCCCCGCGGCCACGGAGUGCCUCCGCCUGCUGAGGAACGGCUGCGCGAACGCCCCAGGGUUCCAGGCGGCCGUGCGGGCGCCGUGCCUCGAGGCGACCCGAGGGCUGCUGGCGCGGCUGGCCGAGCGCGAGGAUCACCAGCCGGCCGUGCUGUGCCUCCGCACGGGGCUGCAGUUCCUGGGCAACGCCGUGGUGGGCUGCGUCGAGAACCAGGUCCUGGUGUGGCGCGACUUCUCCGGCAUGCUCAUAAAUUUUCUUGAAUUCCACGAUGAGAAGGUGGUGAACUUCGCAGCGAUGGUGAUCUACAACAUCCUGCUCGGCUGCCCGAACGCAAUGUCCGGCAUUGAAACUCACGGCAUCGAGUUGUUUGAAUCGUUGAUUGGCCAUGCCAUGAAGGAUUCGGAAUUUGCGCUGUUCACGCUGGAGCUGUUCCUGAGGCGGGAGGGCUUCCUGCCCGACGUGUACGGCCGGCUGGGGGCGGAGCACCGCCUCUUCCUGCUGGCGGCGGCGCACGGCAUGCUGGGGGAGGGGCGGGGCGGACCCCCGACUCGCUCCGUCGCCUUCCUGGCCGGCCGGCUGAAGCAGGGCGCAGACGACAUCCUGGGGACCUGCGAGGAGCGCUCCGUGGACCGGCCGGAGCCCCGGGAGGUGGCCGGGCUGCUGGAGCUGGUGGCCUCCGCCUCGGGGCAGAGCCCGUACCUCGAGCACCUUCAGCAGGAUACCUCGCUGCUCGUCGACUGCCUGUUUCUGCUGCGCAGCAUGCACGGCCUGGGGCGGAGCGGGGACAACUGCUUCGCGCCGGUGCGGAAGCUGUCAGAGCUGACCGUGUCCUCGAGGAGCGCGGACGUGGAGGAGCACCCGGCGUUCGGCUUCAAGGCGGGACUGGUGCGGCUGCUGGCCAACCUGUGCUGGCGGAACAGGGCCAACCAGGACCGGGUUCGAGAAUUGGAUGGAAUCCCGCUGCUUCUCGACUGCUGCAACAUUGAUGCCAGGAAUCCAUUGAUCAUCCAGUGGGCGGUGCUGGCGGUGAGGAACCUGUGCGAGGGCAACGCGGAGAACCAGGCGGUGAUCGCGGGGAUGAACCGCCAGGGAGUGGUGGACGGCGCGGUGCUGCGCGAGGCGGGUCUCACCCUGCACCAGGGCGGCGGCGACGGAAAGAUCACCGUCAUUCCGCACGAGCUGGCGAGAGCGUCGGAACCCGUCUGAAUCUUGCAUUUAUUCCUCGCUGACAAGUUUACUGUCAAGGAUUCCUCUAUGACCUAGUGAUGCUUUUAUUUAUUCCUCGCAAAUAAGUGUAUCUGAUUAUGUUGAGUAAUUAAAAUCUAGGAAUGUUA